UUUUAUUAACUAACAUUCACUUUUAAAAAAUUUUUCAUAUUUUUUGACGACUUAAGUUUUUAAUGUCACUUAUUUGAGCGUUUUUCUUAUUCAAAUUAACGUUUCCUGAUUUUUAGAUGAGAAAGUUAUUGAUUAGGUAGAAAAACAUGGCUGGAAAUUUUUGGCACAGUAGCCAUUAUCAACAAUGGCUUCUAGAACGGUCAGACUUGCUUAGGGAAAGACAUGAAGACCUAUCUGUGCUGACGGCCGAGGAAUAUCAGAAAAUAAUCAUAUUCUUUGCUAAUGUCAUCCAAGUCAUGGGAGAAAACUUGAAGAUGAGGCAACAAGUCAUUGCAACAGCAACCAUCUACUUCAAAAGAUUCUAUGCCAGGAAUUCUUUCAAGUGCAUUGAUCCACUUUUAGUGGCCCCAACGGCUCUGUUCUUGGCUUCAAAAGUUGAGGAGUUUGGAGUUGUUACAAAUACAAAGCUUACUGCAUGUUGUGCUCACAUUUUAAAGACAAAAUUCAGUUAUGCAUAUUCGACCGACUUCCCAUACAGAAUGCAUCAGAUAUUAGAAUGUGAAUUUUUUCUGCUUGAAACUAUGGAUUGCUGCCUGAUAUUAUAUCACCCGUAUCGAUCGCUGACGCAAUACAUGCAGGACCUCAACAACGAUGAACAACUCAUGCAGAUGGCCUGGCGGAUAAUAAACGACAGUCUGAGAACAGACGUUUCUCUUCUAUACCCCCCAUAUCUAAUCUCUCUUGCCUCUCUGCAUUUGGCGUCAAUCAUAUUGAAUAAAGACCUCAAGCAGUGGUUUGCUGAACUCUCUGUCGAUCUGGACAAGCUCUUGGAGAUUACCAAAGAACUAUUAGCACUUUAUGAUCUUUGGAAGACUUUUGAUGAGAAAAAAGAAGUGCCGGCCUUACUCGCUAAAAUGCCUAAACCGAAAGUUAAUCCGUCUAGGCCUUCGUCGCAAGGAGCAAACAGCCAGCAGCAACAACAACAACAACAGCAGCAGCAAGAUAUGAACGUACAGCAGCAGCAACAACAAUCGAAUCAACUCAUGUCCAAUGUUCAAUAGUGUUGCAAUAACGGUGUUGCUAUCUUCAAUUUGAUCUUGCCUCUUGUCAGCCAAAGCAAAGUAAAAUCAAAGAAAGACCAAAGGAUGCAGUUGCAUUCAAAUUUUUGAAUAUAUUAAUUAAUUAAUUAAUUGAUUAAUUAAUUAGUUUAUUGAUUGAAU